UCACAACUCGUGAUUCCGCUUCAACAAUGUCAGCUGAGUUCAUGUGGCUUUAACAAACAACGGUACACGUGUUCGUUCAAUGCUAUCAGAACUGGUGUAGGAAAACGCAAGAGACUUGUUAACCACCCGGUUACCGGAGGACCGAGACUCACGAAGGCCUGAUGGAGUUUGAGGAUAACGGUAUCGGGGAGGAGUGCGGGGUGUUCGGCUGUGUGGCGGCCGGAGAGUGGCCCACACAGCUGGAGGUGGCUCAGGUCCUAACUCUGGGACUGGUGGCGCUACAGCACAGGGGUCAGGAAAGUGCCGGGUUUGUCGUGAGUAAUGGAGCCAGUCCGCCUACAUACACGACCCACAAGGGAAUGGGAUUAGUGAGCACUGCUUGCCCUUCAGAGGCUCUUCUGAAACUGCGCUCUGGUAACCUGGGUAUUUGUCACACUCGCUAUUCAACUACUGGGUUCUCAGAGCUGCAGAACUGCCAGCCCUUUGUGGUGGAUACACUGCACGGCAAGAUCGCAGUAGCACACAAUGGAGAGCUGGUUAAUGCUCUUGCCCUGCGGAGAAAGGUCAUGCGUCACGGAGUGGGCCUCUCCACCAGCUCAGACAGUGAGCUCAUCACCCAGCUGCUGGCACUGACUCCACCUAUGGAGGAGCGGGACGCACCAAACUGGGUCGCCAGAAUUAAAAAUCUGAUGAGUGAGACCCCUACAUCGUACUCACUGCUGGUGAUGUUCAAAGAUGUUAUCUAUGCGGUGCGUGACCCUUACGGAAAUCGCCCCCUCUGCAUUGGACGGAUUGUUCCCGUCUCUAAGCUGCACUCAGGAGAGGAGGACACCGAGGGCUGGGUCGUGUCAUCAGAGUCCUGCAGCUUCCAGUCCAUCGGAGCCAAGUAUUACAGAGAGGUCUUACCAGGAGAGAUAGUGCAGAUAUCCAAACACGGAGUCAAGUCUCUGAGUGUCGUCCCGCGCCCUGAGGGAGACCCCCCCGCCUUCUGCAUAUUUGAAUAUGUUUACUUUGCCAGACCGGACUCUAUUUUUGAAGGGCAGAUGGUGUACACUGUCAGACAGCGCUGUGGUCGUCAGUUGGCUAUCGAGGCUCCAACCGACGCAGACGUGGUCAGCACUGUGCCAGAGUCUGCAACUCCUGCAGCCCUGGGCUACGCUCAGCAGUCUGGGCUGCCAUACGUAGAGGUUCUGUGUAAGAACCGCUACGUCGGGAGAACGUUUAUUCAACCGAAUACCCGCUUAAGGCAGCUAGGAGUUGCCAAGAAGUUUGGGGCUUUGACCGACAAUUUUGCUGGGAAGCGGGUGGUGCUCAUUGACGACUCCAUCGUGAGAGGCAACACCAUCUCCCCCAUUAUAAAACUGCUGAAGGAGGCCGGUGCGACGGAGGUUCACAUAAGGGUUGCCUCUCCACCGAUCAGAUACCCCUGCUACAUGGGCAUCAAUAUUCCCACCAAGGAGGAGCUCAUCGCUAACAAGCCCGAGUUUCAGGACAUUGCCGGAUACAUUGGUGCUGCCAGUGUUAAGUAUCUCACUGUGGAGGGCCUGGUGUCCGCCGUUCAGGAGGGAAUCGCCUCCCUGAAGGAGAAGGACGAGAUGAUCAGCACCAGCAACACGUCCGGCAAGAGAGUGGGCCACUGCACCGCCUGUCUGACCGGGAAGUACCCGGUGGAGCUGGAGUGGUAACGCCAUGACGACGAGCGACUGCAGCAGCUCUGUGGCUGUACUGCGGGCUCCUAGUACUGCUGAUGCAUGUAAAUGAAAUCUCUGUGGACUGGAAAAGUGUUCAAGGAUUUCAAUACCGCUAUCUGGGACACUAAAAGAUGUAUUAUAGACAAAACAGCGUAUUCUUUCUCUACAGUGUCAUUGUCCUGCUCAGAUGCCGUCAUCUAACCUUAUAAUUUGGAUGUUUUGAGGUGAGAUUGUAUGAGUUACUUAAACAGGAUAGGUGCAUUUCCUGAUUGCAUCCAGCAUGCCCCAAAAUUGGACAAGCAAUUACAUGUUCUGCUCAGCAGCCAAAAUGCAUUUCAGCCACCUAAAACCUGUGGCAUACACAUGACUACAUAUAACAGCUGCAGUUCCCCCUCAGAAAAGGCUGUCUUACUGCAAGGUAAUAUGUUGAAAAUAUUGUCAAUAAUGUGGCUAAAGUAUACUUUUGUCCCCAGCAGUACAAUGCUUUGCCUUUUCUGCAAACUGAGGACAUGCAGACAGUUAUAUUCUGUAUACACCGGCUGAAGUAGCUCAUACAACCUUCACAUCUAAACUUUUCUUUAUGUUGAAAAUGUUACUUUGGAUAACCUCCACUACUGAGUCUCUCUUUGCUGCAGUUUAGUCUGUUUACUUCCCUCAUGUCAUGCCUUUAUUUGUUUUUGAAAGUUACCAUGUAAAUGAAUUUUUCGUAAAAGUCUUUAUACUAGUUUUCACAUUCCAUGUCAAAAAAGUGCACAAGGCUCAUGACCAAAAGAGAGAACUCUUUAUUUGAUCACGUUUAUGACUUUCUCCUUUUGCCUGAAAUGAACCAUGCUUUUCUUUUUCGGUCUGACUGUUCGAUAUUUUUUUGUCUAAACUUUAAAACUUGCAUGAAUAUAAUGUAAAGUUUAAUAAACACAAUAACUGCAAAU